AUGGAUCCGACACGCGCGUUCGAUCCUUCGAAGAUGAAGGCCGCCGCGGCGGAAUACUCCUCAUCAGAGUCAGAAGAAGAUGAUGACGAAUACCUAAUGCCAUCAACAAAUCCCAACGCAGACGAAUUUGCCGAUUUCAAUCCCCGAAAGCGGCGAAGAACCGGUCGCGAUGCCAAGGAGAGUGCAGCGCUUGGUAUAUUUGGCUCGGAAAGCGAAGACGACAGGCCAGGGCAGCGAUGGAAGAGGAAGACGCUCCGGAACAAAGGCAUGAGCUUCGUGUCGGCCGACAAUGCGAAAAAGGGCACCGAAGACGAGGUCAUGGCAGAAGACGACGACGACGACGAUGAGCCCGAAAGAGCGAGCUUCUUUCGUGUGAAUGGAGACAAAGACGUCGAGGACGAUGAGGACGACGACGAGGAUGUAACUCCAGGAAUCGGACUUGGGUACGGCGCAUCAGCAGGACUUAGUCGCGGACGGGAAUCCCCAUCGGAUCCAGACAAAUAUCAAGUCCCGGAAAGAUCGUUCAAGUUCGGCGGCACGAGCGAGCCUCUUGGGAAGGGAUUCAUGCCCUCUUCUACAAAUGAGCCUGUCCUCAAGGUCAACGAUGACGAACCAAGCCGACCUCAAAAAGCAAUGCCUAGCGCAUUCUCCUCGAAAGGCGGCAAAACCAAAAUCAACCCGAAAUCAUUUGGCGCGCGUAUGAUGGCAAAGAUGGGCUUCAAGGAGGGCUCAGGUCUUGGAAAGGAAGGACAGGGUCGAAAUGUUGUUAUCGAAGCAAAUCUGCGUCCCCAGAAAGUGGGUCUCGGUGCUGUAAAGGAAAAGACAGAGCAGGAACGGAAGGAAGAGAAACGACAGGCAAGACUCCGAGGAGAAGUGGUAGUCGACUCAGACGAAGAGGAAAAGAAAAAGAAGGCGGAGCGCGUAAGGAAAGCUCGAGCAGGUGGUUUGAAGAGCGGUAGUGGGAGUGCUGCAAGCACCCCCAGGCGACAGAAACCGAAGUAUGCAACGAUCGAGGAGAUCAAGAAAGCAGCACCGGGGCUGGAUAUACCAGCUGCAUUUACACCGAUCCUGGAUCUCACAGGACCGGGCAAGAAGAUGCUGACCUCGUCUUCUGGUUUGAUGACCCCUACUGCGGGUACGACAGAAGAAGAUGGCGAUCUACAAUCGAAGAAGCUGGUGAUGCGAGCUCAGAACGAUUUCAUGGCCAUACUCGAGGAGUGGCAGGGUCUACAGGAACGAAAGGCUUUUGCAGAAUUGCAAUUACACCAGGAGGCACAGGAGCUCGAGGAGCUGGAGAAAGCUGUUGAGAGCCAUCAAGCCACCGCGGCUAUUUUUGACGAGCUCACGCACCUCGAGGACGAAGACGACGUGCUGAUCAGUGGAGGUGACCACACGAAGCAGCGAUGGGACCGAACCAUAUCUCUACUGCGCAAAGCAGACCAAUCGACGUCACACCUAACGAUUCGGGAGGUCAAGGACGAGAUGGCGUCCAUCUCAGUCGCAGCCAUUCAACCGAUCAUGAAGGACAUGGUCGAAAACUGGAACCCUCUGGAGGAUGCGCGAGCCCAGUAUGCCAAGGACUUGGGGUCUAUCAAGGAGCUGCUUGGCUUGCAUAAAUCCGCGGCAAUGCCUCAAAUGAGAUCGUCAGCAACACCUUAUGAGAGCAUGAUGUACAAGCUUUGGCUGCCUCAUGUCUCACGGGCGGUGCGGGAAUGGAGCGUGCGGGACGCUGAACCACUUCUCGCCGUGUUUGAGGCCUGGCACAGCGUUCUCCCUGGAUUUCUGAAGACCCAAUUGCUGGAACAAGACAUCAUAAGGAGGCUGGACGAAGCAAUCGCCAAAUGGGAGCCGAAGAGGAAGAAGCAACACAACUUGCCACACCUGUGGCUUUUCCCGUGGUUCCAAUACCUGCCGGAGCACCAUCUCGAUCCCAAGAGCUCCACAGGUCUCGUUGCAGACGUUAAGAGGAAGUUCAGGCAGCUCAUUGGCGUGUGGGAAUUCAAUCGUGGGGUGAUCCCGGGCUUGCGGGAGUGGCGAGACAUCCUGCGCAACAGCCGCACCGAUCAGUGGACACCGCUCGUGUUGAAUCAGAUCCUGCCAAACAUGGCGCGUUACAUACGCAAAAACUUCGAUGUCAAUCCUUCGGACCAACAAACUGAUGUUCUAACCGCAGUACUGGAUUGGCUAGAUCCUGUGUCACCCACCAUGAUUGCUGAGGUCAUUGCCGCGGAGGUUUUCCCCAAGUGGCAUGAGAUUCUCUACCAAUGGCUGGUCAUGGAGACGGUGAAUUAUGAAGAUGUGGCCCAGUGGUGUGAGUGGUGGCAUGAUGAGGCAUUGGCUGGAAUCGACGACAUCCCCUCAAUAGCGUCCGAGUUUGAGAAGGGUCUUCACACGAUCGAGCACGCAUUGGAGUUGUUCGACUUGAACCAAGACGCCUCAAUAUCUCUGCCUCCACCAGAGCAUAGCCAAGGCUCGGCAUCGCAGAAAGCCACCAAGACUAAUGGGCAUCAUCACCAUAAGCGAGAGCCCCACCGCGAGCAAAAGCACCACGCCAGCCCGUUCGAGCCCACCAAGAAGGACUUGGAACGGUCGUUCCGUCAUAUUGUUGAGGAUUGGUGCCAAGAGAACGAUCUGCAGUUCAUGCCAGAGCGGAGAAAAGUGCACUCCGAGGGGCCUUUGUACAGAAUCACGGCUCGAGGCGACGGGAGGGGAGGUGCGCUGACAUACUUCAAGGGCGACAAGCUGUGCGUCGAGACCAAGAACGGCGUAGAGGAGUUUACGGGCGAGCCCGGUAGCAACGACUGGGACAGGCUUAUGACGUACGCGUUGUAG